CGACCAUUCGAUUGUAUAUAAAGCUCAGCUGUUGCCAGCAACAUAUCAUAUAUUUCAUCCCAAAGAUCGUCAGGGCAGUAAUACUCAAUACCAAGAGUGGGUUGCUUUCGAUGAACACGAUUCCAGCGCCUCAGCCACCGGAAAAUGAACAUCUGAUCCAGGUACAGGCAGCGGCAAUAACCAAUGGAGAACUUGGUUGGGCCCCAUUCACAAAUUGGCCUGAGGAGCAUAUACCAAUCUACGACAUGACGGGCACCAUCCUCACCAAUGUUCCGGGCUCGAAGUUCAAAGUUGGUGAUCAAGUUUACGGUCAUACCGAUGCUUAUGGCGAGGGAGCCGCCUGCCAGCUAGCACAUAUAAACCACAGUGCAAUCGCCCUAAAACCAAAGUCACUCACCUGGACUGAAGCUGCAGCUGUACCGACAUCUUCACUAACAGCUUAUCAAGGCUUAUUCACUCACGGAGGCAUGAGUGAACCACAUGUCACGGACAUUCUUGCUAAGCCCAAUAUGGGUAAAAGGGUCUUGAUAACAGCUGCGUCUGGUGGUGUCGGUGUGUUUGCAGUACAGUUCGCGAAGCUGACGGGUGCAACUGUCGUGGGCACUUGUGGACCUGCUAACAAGGACUUCGUUUUUAGUCUUGGGACCGACGAGGUCAUCGACUAUCACAAGUACUCAAUUACAAAAUGGGUUAAUGGUGAGGAAUCAAAGAAAUUUGAUGUGAUCCUUAACUGUGCUGCGGAUCAUACAGGAGAGACCCUCUGCGACGCUGUGGCUGGCUUGAAGGAAAAUGGCGCCUUGAUCAGCAUCGUUCCAGGCUUCAAGGAGCCCGAGAGCCUUCCAUCGGGAGCCAAAGCGAUGUUCUUCAUCCUGAGUAGCCUCGGUCACCAGCUGGAAUCGAUAGCCAAAUUGUUCGACGAUGGCAGGUUGCACGUACAUAUUGAUAGUGCUUGGCAAUUGGAUCAGUAUCAGGAGGCAUUCGACAGGGCACAUUCUGGCCGCGCCAGGGGAAGAGUGGUAGUCAAAAUCUGAAUUCCAGCGCCGAAAUACUUUUCUGUCAGAAUCAUUUGAAUGAAAAACCUAUUUAACGUGUAGAAUACAGAGAAUCUCACACUCUACCACUAUUAAUGUCUGCCUUAGAAUGGAGGCAUGAGGGCUUGCCGGGAUUAU